AUGUCGAUAGCGGUCCUCACAAAGAAACUCCAUCUCCACCACUCCUCCACCGCUGUAUCCCCCCACAUGCUUACGAGGCAAACCCUAUACGAGUUGGUGGUUCUAUCCACAUCAUCAUGUAAGGUUUUGCGCUCGUCGCUCACCGUAGCAAGUUCCGAUGCACACAAAUGGUGGGAUCUGUCUUUUGCCAAAUCUCAGAUGCACAUUGUCGAUCCAGCCGCAACCAUGUGGAGCGAAGCGCGCGCAAAGUCGACUGCCGCAGCUUCUGCUUCCAACAGUAGUAGAGGUUCAGGACAUGCUCCAAAACCAAAAAAGAAUGCGUCUCAAAAGAGAGCCUACUCCACUAAAGCCGACAAGACCUCCAAUAAACCCAUCAAAACUAUAGGAUUGAAGGAGAAGGAGCAAUUUGAAAUGCAUCAAAGCGAGGUCCCGCUGACACGAUUGGCUCGGAUCUUUCAUUACGGCACCCUUGCUGCUGGCAUGAGUCUUAGUGCUGCCUCGGAUGGCUUGAAACAGUAUGCGCAAGGAAACCACAAAACGGUGUCUUUGAAGUCGUUGUUUUUGAGCCCGUCAAAUAUCGAGCGUAUGGCCAAGAAGUUCUCCAAGAUGAGAGGAGCAGCACUUAAAAUCGGACAAAUGCUCUCGUUCCAAGAUCUGUCCAUUUUGCCUGCCGAGAUCCAACAAAUUUUGAUGCGUGUUCAAAAUCUGGCACAUUACAUGCCUCCAGCCCAACUAAACCGCGUGAUGUCCCGCGAGUUGGGUGCUAACUGGAGAAAAAAACAUUUCGCAUCGUUCGAAGAUGUGCCCUUCGCCGCCGCCUCAAUUGGCCAAGUGCACAACGCAGUCACCGAGGACUUGCUUCCGGUAGUUGUGAAGGUUCAAUACCCUGGUGUUGCCGACUCCAUUGACUCUGACCUCAGUAACAUAUUAAUGCUUCUCACUGCCCUGUCCAUGCUACCUGCUGGUUUGUUCUUAGACAAAACUGUUGCCAAUGCUCGUCUUGAAUUGAAGUGGGAGUGCGACUACAUCAGAGAGGCUCAGAGUUUGGUUCGUUUCCGUGAAUUAUUGAAAGACGAUCCCGUAUUUGAGGUUCCUAAGGUGCUCCAACAAAUGUCUGGCGAGCAUGUCCUCACUAUGGAAAGAAUGAGAGGCACGGAAAUUGCUAAGGGUGACUGGGAUCAAGAAACCAAAAACUACAUUGCCACUAAUAUCAUGAGACUUUGUCUCACUGAAUUGAAGCAGUUCAAAUUCAUGCAGACCGAUCCAAACUGGGCCAAUUUCUUGUACAACGAGAAGACCCACAAAAUUGAGCUUUUGGACUUUGGUGCCUCUCGAGAAUUCAGAGAUGAGUUUGUAAACGAUUAUUGUGAGAUUCUCAGAGGUGCUGUCAAUGGUGACACUGCAAAAGUUGAAGAAUAUUCCCUUAAACUAGGAUAUUUGACUGGCAAUGAGUCGUCCGCCAUGGUAGAGGCUCAUGUUAACUCAAUCAUGGUCUUGGGUGAAGCAUUCGCUCCUCGCAAGAACAAUGAACCAUUUGAUUUCAAGAAUCAAACAAUCACUGACAGGGUCAGGGACAACAUUGGUUUGAUGCUCAAUGAAAGAUUGACACCACCACCCGAGGAGACGUACUCCUUGCACAGAAAAUUAAGCGGCGUCUAUCUUUUGUGUGCCAAACUUCAAGCAACCGUUCCAUGUGCUGACUUGUUUGAGAAAAUCGUAGGACGCUAA